GGUCGGGGAGCGGCGCGGCGGGAGGCUCCGCUGCUGGCCACGGGAGACAGCGCCGGGCGGGGAGCGCGCCUCUCGGCCUUUCCUCCGCGCCCCCGCGUCCCCAGCCCGCCGCCCCGAGAGGACCCGGAGGAGGCAGGUGGCUUUCUAGAAGAUGACCAUAGAGGACCUACCAGAUUUUCCAGUAGAAGGAACCCCUUUGUUUGGAAGAUACCCAUUUUUAUUUUCAGGUUCUGAUACCCCUGUCAUCUUUUCCAUUUCGGCAGCACCGAUGCCUUCAGACUGUGAAUUUUCUUUCUUUGAUCCCAAUGAUGCAUCAUGCCAGGAAAUUCUCUUUGAUCCCAAAACUUCGGUCUCAGAAUUAUUUGCCAUUUUAAGACAGUGGGUUCCUCAGGUCCAGCAAAACAUUGACAUUAUUGGAAAUGAGAUUCUUAAGAGAGGUUGCAAUGUGAACGACAGAGAUGGAUUGACAGAUAUGACUCUCUUACAUUACACCUGCAAGUCUGGAGCUCACGGCAUUGGUGAUGUUGAGACAGCUAUAAAAUUUGCAACUCAACUUAUCAAUCUGGGAGCAGACGUUAGUUUGCGAAGUCGCUGGACAAAUAUGAAUGCUUUGCAUUAUGCUGCUUAUUUUGAUGUCCCGGAACUGAUAAGAGUGAUACUGAAGACAUCAAAACCAAAAGAUGUGGAUGCCACUUGCAGUGACUUUAAUUUUGGAACAGCUCUGCACAUUGCAGCAUACAACUUGUGUGCAGGUGCCGUGAAAUGCCUGCUGGAGCAGGGAGCCAAUCCUGCAUUUAGGAAUGACAAAGGACAGAUCCCUGCUGACGUUGUCCCAGACCCAGUAGACAUGCCAUUAGAAAUGGCUGAUGCCGCAGCAACUGCCAAAGAAAUCAAGCAGAUGCUCCUAGAUGCGGUGCCUCUGUCAUGUAAUAUCUCAAAGGCCCUGCUUCCAAAUCAUGAUCAUGUCACUAGCAAGGCAAUGCUGACGUCACUUGGCCUCAAGUUGGGGGAUCGUGUUGUUAUCGCAGGACAGAAGCUUGGAACAUUAAGAUUUUGUGGAACAACUGAAUUUGCAAGUGGGCAGUGGGCUGGCAUUGAAUUGGAUGAACCAGAAGGAAAAAACAACGGAAGUGUUGGAAAAGUCCAGUAUUUUAAAUGUGCCCCUAAAUAUGGUAUUUUUGCACCUCUUUCAAAGAUAAGUAAAGCAAAAGAUCGAAGGAAGAAUACAGUACACACUCCUGCAAAAGCUGCUGUACCUCUCAUUAGGUCCCAGAAAAUUGAUGUAGCUCAUGUAACGUCAAAAGUAAAUACUGGAUUAAUGACAUCAAAAAAAGAUAGUGCUUCUGAAUCAACACUUUCAUUACCUCCUGCUGAAGAAUCGAAAGCUGUAACGGAGAAAGAUGUUACCCUGCAUGGAUCUAUCAGCAGCUCCUCUUCUACAUCGUCUUUGGAGCACAAACAGAGCUACCCCAAAAAACUGAGUGCAAGCAGCAAUAACAAGAAGACAAUGAGCAAAAGCUCUUCUCUGUCAUCCAGAGCCAGUGCUGGUUUGAAUUCUUCAGCAACAUCUAUAGCAAAUAAUACCCACUGUGAAGGAGAACUCCACCUUGGAGACCGCGUGUUGGUGGUAGGCCAGAGAAUCGGUACCAUUAAGUUCUUUGGGACAACAAAUUUUGCUCCAGGAUAUUGGUAUGGUAUAGAGCUUGAAAAACCCCACGGCAAGAAUGACGGUUCGGUUGGAGGUGUGCAGUAUUUUAGUUGUUCUCCAAGAUAUGGAAUAUUUGCUCCCCCAUCCAGGGUGCAAAGACUAACAGAUUCCCUGGAUACUCUUUCAGAAAUUUCUUCAAAUAAACAGAAUCAUUCUUAUCCUGGUUUUAGGAGAAGUUUCAGCACAACUUCUGCUUCUUCCCAGAAAGAGAUUAACAGAAGAAAUGCUUUUGCCAAAUCAAAAACUGCUUUACGUCGCAGUUGGAGCAGUACUCCCACCGCGGGUGGCACUGAAGGGAGCGUGAAGCUUCAUGAGGGGUCCCAGGUCCUGCUCACGAGCUCUAACGAGAUGGGUACUGUUAGGUAUGUGGGUCCCACUGACUUUGCCUCAGGCAUCUGGCUUGGACUUGAGCUCCGAAGUGCCAAGGGGAAAAAUGAUGGAGCAGUGGGUGAUAAACGCUAUUUCACCUGUAAGCCAAACCAUGGGGUGUUAGUCAGACCAAGCAGAGUGACCUAUCGGGGAAUUAAUGGGUCAAAGCUUGUGGAUGAGAAUUGUUAAGUUAAACUCCUAAAAUAUUAAAUGAGCUCAAAUA